AUGGCUAAUCAACCUGCUUCAUACUCAUUUCCCACAAAUCAAGAUUCUUUUAUAUUAUCUAAUUCGCCAAUAAAUAUUUAUCAACAACAAUCGACUCCUGUUACUUCUUUUGUAGAAGAACAAUUAUAUCAAAAUUCUUCACAGACACCUACUGUUGUUCCUACAAAUUCAUCAUUUAAUACACAACGAAAUACUAUCACAAACAAUGUAGCAACGAUAGAACCACAACAAUUACCCGUAACAUUCAUAUCAACAGCAAAUUAUAAUGAAUAUCAUUUACAGACACAAGAUAAUGAUGCAUCACCAAUACAUCAAAAUAAUGAUUCAUUAUACAAUAACACAUUUUAUGAUUUAACAACAGCAGAUAAUAGUCUUUCAUAUACAAGUUCGCAGGUGGUACAUACACCUUAUCAUGGUCAUCAACAGUUCACUACCAGAAGUUCCAAUUUAUCGCAAAAGAAACGUGGACGACCAAAAUUACAUGAACGUAUUCAAUAUGCUACUAAACCAAUAAAAAGUCGUUCACUAAUUCAAAGUGCUAAAUCAACGAGAUUAUUAAUGCCUGAACCAACAAUAAUGACAUCAAUGGAUAAUAUACGGAUAAAUUCAAAUAAUUGUUCAUCAGAUUGUUCAAAUAAUCGUAUAGAUCAUACAAAUAUAACUCCUGCUAUACAUUCAUCACUAUUACAACAACAAUAUUAUCCAUCGUUGCUCAUAGGUAAAACAUCGUCAACAAAUAUACUUCCUGCAUCGAUCUCAUCAUCUCGCCCAUCAGUUAUCACGUCAACAACAACAACAAUACCUAAUACUGUACAAUCGAUUUGUUUGUCAACCAAAUAUAUUAAUCAAAUACAGGAUAAUGAUGAAGAAGAAAUAGAAAAAGAAAAUAAUGGAUUACCCAGUGAUCCAAAAAAAUGGACCAUUGUGCAAGUUGGACACUUUAUUGAACAAAUAACUAAUCAAACAAUUGCUGAAGUCUUUCGAAAAAAUGAAGUUGAUGGCACAGCAUUAUUACUAUUGGAAAAGGAGGAUUUACGCCACGAUAUGAAGAUUAUAUUAGGUCCAUCAGUUAAAAUACUGAGUAAAAUAAAAGAGCUACGUGGACGUGCACAAUAA